UAUGUCCUUACUCCGGAUUUCCUUUCUGUAGACCUACUGUAUCAGAAUCUGUACUCCAUGGUUGUUGUCAGGCGUUGUUUGGUACUGUAGCCAAGGUAUCGGCGUUGGGUUGUGUUGUGCUGCGGUGGUAUUGUGAAUCGUUCUUGUGGUUUGCUGCUCGAGUUGUAGGUCUAGUGAGCGAUGAGGGUGGUAACUAGGCUUCGACCAUUUUUUGUGAGAGGUGUGUGACCUCUUCCAAGAUUCCGUUCUCGAAAUGGUGAUGCUCGUACGAUUCCGUCCUACGUUUCCUACGCUACCUCAGCGACUUUCUCACUGCGAUGUCUAAGCGACAAUGUUACAGCUUCCAAAUUACUUCUGUCUAACCCUGCUUACACAUUCAUCUCCAGUCGAGUCCUGGCCGUAGAAAACGAGCGGAGUCGCUAGUCCAGAUUCUCGCCUUUCAUCUCAAAACAAUAAACGCUUUAUUCUCUAGGAUGUUCUUGGUGUCGCCACCGACCUUUCGAGAUUUGAUCCUGAGCGAUUCUGGAGUGCUGCUAUCCCUACAGCUGCGUCCAUGGGAGGCUGUCUGGGAACCAGCAAGAAGCACCCGCCACAGCAAGCGACUUUAGAUCAGAAAAGCGAGGAUGAAGCCCCGGCCAGGCCUCGGCCCACUCGCCCUACUCGCAGUCGGGCGGAAGCAGCAGCUGCCGCGUGUCUCCCUCCCCGCUCACCCAAGCACUACUACCGGAAAACGGAUGACGUCACGGCGAGAACGAAUGACGUCACGGCGAGAACGGAUGACGUCACGACAGCAGCCGCUGGAGUCGAUCAUGGCAGGCAGAAUGGGUCGAAUGACGUCACGCCGAACGGAGAGCAGAGCGCUGUUGAGAAAAGGCCCUUGGAUCGGGAUGGUGCUGCGGGAGCUGUGCUUGCAUCGGGAACAACCCCAACAUCCCCAGCGCCACAGCACCGCCAGCAGCAGCAGCAGCAGCAGUCACCGUCGCCACAGCACCGCCAGCAGCAGCCGCAAACGUCGCCACGUCCCCAAGCACGCUCGCCUGAACCCACGAGAUGGCCGCCUGAGCCCCCGUUAGAGUCACAUUUUGGAAAAGUGACAGCCAGAGCGGCAGUGAGAGAGGGUGAAAGACGACUUUCAGAGGUGCCUGGAGAGGAAACUCGGGAGACGAACGUUGCUUCGCGAGGGACGAGCUCGAAUGUAGGGACGUUUCCCAAAGAGAGACGGGGGGAUGGGGGUGGAGGUAAGGGCUUGUCGGGAGGGAGGGGUCUGGAUGGGGAGGAGGGUAAUGAAAUGGGCUUUAGCAGCAGCCGUGUUGGUAGUAGUGAGGCUGGGAUAGGGCGGGUCGAUCUGGAGAAAGAAGGAGGACGCGUAGAGGAAGCAGUUGAAGCAGCAGCAGCAGCAGCGCGAGAAGCAGCAGCUGGAGCUGGCGCAGCAGCAGCAGCAGCAGCUGAAGCAACAGCCAGAGCAGAGGCGGGCGAAACGUCUCCGUCGAAGCAACGGGCCUCUGCAGCAGGAGAAGCAAGAGCAGGCGCAGGAGCAGCGGCAGCAUCAGCCACCGCAGCCGCAGCAGCAGCAGCAGCAUUAGCAGUAGGAAAAGUACCCGGGCCAGUAGCCGUGACGAAGCUCCCAGUGCCAGAGUUCUUUCCAGAUUCCACCGACCUCGCGGAUGCGUGGGUGAGCCGGCCGCCCAUCGACGAGGGGAAGCCCAUCCGGUGGCGCAAGGGCGAGCUGAUCGGUGCGGGCGCGUACGGGUGCGUGUACAUGGGGCUCAACCUGGAGUCCGGGGAGCUGCUGGCCGUGAAGCAGGUGCUCAUUCCGAGCAGCUCCACCACCAAGGAGAAGGCGCAGGAGUACAUCAAGGGACUGGAGGCAGAAGUGGCAGUGCUGAGGAAUCUGUCGCACCCCAACAUUGUGCGCUAUCUGGGCACGGCAAGGGAGGAGGAGGCGCUCAACAUCUUCCUCGAGUUCGUUCCUGGAGGGUCCAUUGCCUCGCUGCUCAACAAGUUUGGGUGCUUCACGGAGAAGGUGAUCCGGAUGUACACGCGGCAGCUCAUGACAGGCCUCAGCUACCUUCACUACAAUCACAUCAUGCACCGCGACAUCAAGGGCGCCAACAUCCUGGUGGACAACAAGGGGUGCAUCAAGCUGGCUGAUUUCGGCGCGUCGAGGAAGCUGGCGGAUCUGGCGACGAUGAGCGGGUACAAGUCCAUGAAGGGCACGCCCUACUGGAUGGCGCCGGAAGUGAUAAAGCAGACGGGCCAUGGCAGGCCGGCGGACAUCUGGAGCGUGGCGUGCACUGUCAUUGAGAUGGCAACAGGCAAGCCGCCCUGGAGCGAAUUCCUCUCGCAGGUGUCGGCCCUGUUCCACAUAGCGCAGUCCAAGGGCCCGCCCCUCAUUCCAGAACACCUCUCCCCAGAGGCCAAGGACUUUCUGCUGCUGUGUUUCCACCGUGACCCCAACAAGCGCCCAAGUGCAGCUGAGCUACUCAAGCACCCCUUUCUGACAGACAUGCCCUCCCCAGGGGCUGAUGGACUGACCACACCCCCUCGCUCCACCACCACCACUGCUACCACAGCAGCAGCAGAAGCAGCAGCGGUAACUGCAACAGCAGCAACUGGGGCAGCAGCAGCAGCAGCAGCAGUAGCAGCAGUGACGCCUACAAAAGCAGGAGCGCAGGCAUCUACAACUGCAGGCGCCCAACUCUCUCCCACUGCUCGUGGGAGGUCGCAGGGACCAGCUGCUGCUGCUGCUGCUGCUGCCACACUGACUGCCGCUGAAAUGUCCCUCAGUGACUUAGGAGAGGUACCUGCCUCAACCACUGACCCUCAAGCCUGCCCCUCCCUCGCAUCUACUCACAAUCGCCAGCACGCUCCUAGCAGCCCCCCGCCUGCUGGUGCUGACACCCCCACAUCACGCCUAGCUCACCCAACCACCCCCACCUCGCGCCUAACACCCUACAGCACCCAUGUCUCGCACCUAACUCACGAUAACGCUCCAGCCCAGCCUUUAGAAAGUGACUCGCCUGAUUCGUCUGCUGCCUUCUCCCAUAAGCUCACUCCUCUCACUCCCCUUACCCACCCGAUAGAGGCUGGGGAGCCAAACCCGUUGCUGUCCAGAUCAAAGGGACCAGGGCCGGGGCAGGAAAAGCAGGGGCAGAGGCAGGACGAACAGGGGAAGGGAGACGGUGGGCUGCGUAUGUCAAGGGCUCACCUGAUGUCAGUGACUAGCACGGGAUGGCAGCCAGGAACCUUCUCCGAGCUUUCUGAUCUCUCCUUUCGAAGCGACUUCAACCCCAUGGAGGAGCCCUCUCACAACGACCCGCUAGGCUCGUACGUGACAGCAGCAUGUGGGCACAGCGGGGGGGGCGUCUCAACUGCCUGCACUGAAGACGAGGUUACAGGACCUCUUAGGGAGAACGUGAGGGCGGAUAGCGGGUCCCACGACGAUCUGAACAGUGAUUCUGUGGGCGGCACAAGCAGUGGGGUGGUGGGAGUGGGGGGAGAGGGGAGAGUGGUGAGGGAGGGGGGAGAGAUGGAGGGAGCGGGAAAGGGCAAGGGCGAUGGGGAAGUGGAGGGGCGGGGGAGGGAGGACGCAUGGGAGGGAGGCAUGUCUGGUGGAGGUAGGGAGGGGCAGGAGAGGGAUGGGGAUGACCGUGUGGCGGUUAUGGUCAGCCGGGGCAGCGGGGGCGGGCAGGAACGGAAGGAAGGGCAGCAACGGAGGGAAGGGCAGCAUAUGCUGCUGGUCGAGGGGUCAAAGGACGAGGAAGGCGUGAGGAUGACUCGGGCCCUGAAGUCAGCUGGGGGGCUGAGACCGCCUGAGGGGCUCAGGCCAUCUCUCCCCCAGCUGGACUUAUCCCUAGCAAUGUCGCAUGGGCAGGGGGUAGGACUGGGGGGUCUGCAUGGCGUGGAAGAGGAUGGGGAUGGGACUUGCGAGAGCAGUGAGGUGUCGCUGGCAGGGGUGCCUGUGUGGACAGGGAUGGAGGUGGGGGAUUCGGUGUGGGGGGAGGUAGGCACAGGGGCACUGCCCCAGCAGCACCAGCAGCAGCACCAGCAGCAGCAGCAGCAGCAGUUUGUGAGAGGUGGUGUGAGCAACAGUAACGCCAUUUCGGAGGAGAGGAUAAGAGAUUUCCUGCAGGAGAAGGCGGAGGGGCUGCAGCAGCUGCAGACGCCUCUGAUGGCCGAAACAGAGGCACCCAGACAGGCCUCCGACAUGCCACAUGGCGCUUCAGGGUUGGCCGGUUCUAGUGCAGAAGCGGAGCCCUCAUGUGGUCCGUUUGAGGAAAGAGAGGAGGCAAAUGGGGCUCAGGUAGAGAAGCAAGCAGCACGUGUAGGGGACGGUACACGCAGGGUGGCUUCUCCAUCCAACCAAAAGCAGACAGGGGUAGGGACAGGGGUAGGACAGACCAUCCCAGGUCAGGGGCAGGGGCAGGGGCAGGGACAAGCACCUGUAAGUAGCCGGCCGGCCGGGCUGACUCCCUCUCCACGCCGCCAUCGGGAGUCGUCUCCUGCCCGGCGAAAGAGAAUACUCAAAGAGAGCUUUGCUCUUCCCCGGGACCUGUCCCCUUCAGCCCGCCUGCAGCCACAAGCACCAGCAGCAGCAGCAGCAGCAGCGGCGCCAGCAGUGGCUCCAGCAGCUGCAGCACCAGCAGUGGCUUUCUCCUCCCCCUCCACUGCCACUCAGAGCCCCUCUGUCUCCCUCCCUUCCCCCUCCCUCCCCUCCCCCUCCCGCCGCUCCGCCUCCCCCUCAUCCUCCUCCUCCACUGCCCGCAGAUCCCACCACCUCCCUUCCCGGAUCACGCACUCCAUCAGCCAAUCAGCUAUCUCCAACCCUGGGCCAGUCACGUCACCAUCCUACCAGAGCUUUGAAGGCUCGCUAGCAGGGAAACCGGGAGAAGCAGCAGUACGGGGGGCUGGGAGUGGGGGCAGGGGAGGGGAAGGGGGGACUGGGCGGGCACCUACUCUUUCGCCUCGCCCGCCCGGGAUUGUCAGUAGCAAGUCGGGCAGCUGGGUGAACAGCAGUGAAGGCGACUUUUCCGGGCGGCAGCACGCGGGCAGCUUUGAGAGUUUCGGGCAGGAGGGGAGGAUUGUGAGACAGGGGAGUGGGGCGUUACACAGGGGGGGAGGGGCAAGCAUGGGGGGAAGCAGGGUAUCUGUUGGGGUAGGGGGAGGGAUAGGAGGAGGACUAGGAGGGGUAGGAGGAGGGGGGAGGGUGCUGAGUGGUGGGGGAGGGAUACCUGUGCAAAGGAGUGGAUCAGGGGGUAGCCUCUUUGCGAGUGGAGUGGGGGGCGGAAUGUACCCCUCUGGAGGCAAUGUCUUGGCGCUGCUGCAUGAUAGCACUGACAGCUUUGUUGGCGACUCGGGGGAUCUCAAGCGGCAGCAGUGGGAGGCGGAGCUGCAGCAGGAGCUGGCGCUGCAGAGAGAGGAGAAGCGCAAGCAGAUGUCGCGAUCCAGCAGCAACACCAGUGCGGCCGGCAGCACUGGCACAAGCAUCAGCGCCAGUGCAAGCAUUAGUGCCAGUGCGAGCGCCAGUGCGAGCGCCAGUGCUAGCGGGUCAAGAGAGUUCUUUGGACCUCCCGGCUCCCUCUCCUCCCCUCGCCGGAACUCACCUUUCUAGCCGCCAGAAGCAAUCUAUGGUAAGCCCCCGAAAUAGCCUCAAAAUCCCUGCAAAGUCCAAGUCUUGACGUCCUAUUCUAACCCACACCUUCCAUCCACCUGCCCACUCAACGAGGCUAAUGCCGCACUAACCGGUCCUCUUCUUCACCCUGCAGCAGCCGCAGCAGCAGUAGCCAUCUCAACUCCAUUCUUGAUCCAAACCCCAAACCACCUAACCCAGCCCAGCACACCUAAUUGGUUGGUGACACCUACCUAGCUCGCAUAUCCCUUGCUUGUGCUGAUCCCAGGUUCUUAUCUAGAGGCUGUUGGUUUGCAAUGCUACUUAUGUGUACUAGGAUGGUUGGUUGCACAAAAUGAAAAAAAAAAUAAAAA